AUGGAUGAGGUUAAACGACUAGUUUGGAAUGGAGAGCUUAAUGUGCUGGUGUCUAUCGAUCCUUCAUUUUUGAUGAAAGGAAGUCCGAGAGAAAUAGCGGUUCUACGAAUAAGAGUGCCAAGAGAAACUUAUUUAAUCAAUUACAUGCCCUUCAUUUGGAAAAAGAUUAAAAACUUCCUUUCCUUUGACCCAUUAAAUGAUAACGAGAAGUAUUUCUGGUUUGAACAUAACAAGAUACCUAUUUCAUGGAAUUAUCCAGUUGGUGUCUUGUUUGAUGGCUUACUUGGAAGAAGCAGUACUUUUGCCACCACUUUUGAGGAUCAGCUAAAAGAUGAGAUCACCAUUUUAAGAAUUCGCUUGGUCAUGGGAGAUUCGCCGCCACCAACCAUAAUUCCUAUCACAAUUAGCAAAACGCAAGUCGAGAAGUACUGGUUCCACCAGUGGAAACAAGUCUGUUUUAUUUUAAAUGGCUCAUCGAAGGGUAUCAUGUCUUUGUCAGUGAACGAAUCUCGAAAAUUUUGGAGCAGUAUCAUUACGAGAAACUUCCAUGAUUUUAUUGAGAUUUCGAGUAAGAUAAGCACAUCAAGGCCACGACAUAUACCGAUCAUCGUUCAGAUCUUCAAGGCUUCAGGAAUUUCUAGGAUCUCUCAACCUACUAUCCGCAUGACUGGAGUCAAUCCUACGUUAAAGGAUAUCGAAGAAGAUGUUUUUAACACUGACGAAGGAAUGAGCGCCAAUAAUUGCAUAGUAAUUUGCCAAGGAAUUGAGAUUCCUUGGGAAAUAGUGUUGUGUGAUUUGUAUUUUAAAUUGCGGAGUUUUGAUGGAUUUUUGUACAUAACCCUUGUUUCUAUAAAAAACAAUGACAAAGCUCUCCCUGAGCUCUAA